CAAGAAACAGAAAGAAAUUUUGACAUGAAUUUUGACGAGAAUAUAGUAGACGUUUGUGAUAGUUCAAAUCUUAUUCCCGAACCAGAGACACAAUCUGAGGAAACAGAAUUAACUGCUACAGCUGGUGACAACAAAAGUGAAGUCAAAUGCUGUGUAUAUUUGAUGACAUUGUUUUCCUUUGGUCUUAUCUCCAGUACGAUACUAUAUCUACGAUUUCUAUCUGAUUUAUCGAAAGAAGUAAAUGGCGAUACUGAAUACAUAAACCCUCUUUGUCUAAUUCUAACCACCAUUGCUGCCGCUGGAAACUUGUGCUAUCUUGUUUUGGUUAUUACCACCUACGUAAAAACUGGCUGUGAGGGAAAUGUCAUUUUCUCUGUGCAAAAACUAUUUUUUCUUGUUCUGGGCUUUUUUGCAAUAGCAUCUUUUGUAGCUGAUGCAUUCAAUAGUAAAAACUCCUGCCCGCUACAAUACAUUAUUUUGUGUUGUACUUUUUCGACUACUAGUAUUCAAACGUUUUACCUAUGUUCAAUUGACUCCCAUUGUAUUAAAAUACAUAAACUGACCAAUGUUGCGUUCACUAUCUUAAUGGCGGUAAAUCUAUGCAUUUGGCUGGAUACAGAAACAGAAGAAAUUUACAAUAUUUUCCAUAUAUCUAGCAAUUCUAGUUCAAACACUUACCGUAAAUUCCGAACCAAAAAAUCUUUAUGACGAUAUUUCAGAUGCAAUUGAUCCUUUCUCAACACCAUUAAAGAUCGAAUAUUUUCUCAUGGCUUUAGAAUUACUGACAUCAAAAUUGGACUCUUCUCAUUCAAAACGCGGCAACUCCCAUACCCUCAUGGGACAAAUUCACUCAAA